AUGGCUGCGUCUGCUGUGCAAAAUCCUGCGGCUCCUACCGACGCCAAGUCGGCCAAGAAGAAGAAGGCCAAGGCCAGCCGCACCGAGUCGCCUGCUCCGACCGCUUCGUCUGAGAAGGCUGUGUCGGUGGCACCCAAUGACGCCAACGGCGAUGACUCGGGCGAGCCUGCUUACCUGCGGGAGCUUUCCAAGAACAUCCGCAACAUCAACAAGAAGCUCACGAACGCGUCCAAAACCGAUGGCCUGAUUGCCGAGCACAAGGACAAGACCCUUGACCAGCUCGUCGCCCAGAAGAUUAUCAACGCCGACCAAAAAGCCCAGAUCCUCAAAAAGCCCUCCCUUCAGGCCCAGCUUGCCCAGCUCGAGGAGCAGUACAGCCAGUUCAAGAAGCUCGACUCGGAGUACCGCCAGCGCCUGGUCUCCGACAAAACCGAAGUCACCAAGGCCCUGACGGACAAGUUUGAGAAGGAGAAGGCCGAUGCUGUGCGCGAGGCGUCUGCGGCAGCCGCUGCUGCCGCCGAAAAGAACCUGCACGACAGCCUCUUGACCGUGUCCCAGUUCCUCCGCCUCGCUGCUGCUCGCCGCGCCGACGACCAGAACCAGCAACAGGACGAGAACCUUGCCCUCGAGGGUGUGCUCUUGCAAGUGUACUCGGGCGACGAGAACGGCGUGGCCACCAUGCUGAAGCUCGUCCAGGGCACCGACGAGACGACCAAGGGUGUUUCCAACGAGUCUCUGCAGACGACAUUCGCCCAGGUAAAGGCUGCUGCCGCCGCUAACGCCGGCGCUCUGGUCGUGUCUGAGGCCUCGGAAGAGCCUGCGUCCGAGGCUCCCGCCACCCAGGUCGGCUCCGACCCGACCCUCGUACACGCCAGCCUGACCGAGAUUGAGGCCGGCACCGAUACCCCGCUCGUGGAGGCUGCGGGUCUCACCAACGGCCACACUGACGAGUCGGCCGAUGCCGCCCCGGCCGCUCUUGCGAACGCCAAUGUCGGCGACGAUGCCGCGAACUCGGUGGCUGAGAACCAGUGGGAUGCCACGAACGGCACCAAGGACCUGACCAUGUCACAGGAAUGGGUGCAGGUGCCCCGCGACCUUGCCGAGACGGAGACCGGCAUCGCUGCUACCACUGCCGCGGCCGGUAACACGCAGUCUUGGGCCGAUGAGCAGCCCGACGUGGCCCCGCCGGCCGCUGCUCCGGCUACGCCGAACGCGGCUGCGGACGACGGUUUCCACCAGGUGCAGCGCCACAACCGUGGCCGUAGUGAGCGCGACGGUUUCCGUGGCGGUCGCGGUGGCGGAUUCCGCGGUCGCGGCCGUGGCGGUGACGGUCGUGGCCGUGGCCGUGGUGGCCGUGGUCGUGGUGGCGGACCUGGCGGUGAGAAUGGCGGCAACGGCGGCAACUUCCAUCGCGGCCCACGUCGCAACGAGGAGUCAUAG